AUGGAGCUUGGAGGGAUCUUCACUAUCUUUCUGGCACUCUGCUUGUCUUGCCUGCUCAUUCUCAUUGCCUGGAAACGAAUCAACAAGGGGGGAAAGCUGCCCCCAGGUCCCACACCAAUACCUUUCCUGGGAAACCUGCUGCAAGUUCGCACUGAUGCUACCUUUCAAUCUUUUAUGAAGCUCAGGGAGAAAUACGGCCCGGUGUUCACCGUGUACAUGGGUCCCCGGCCAGUAGUUGUUUUGUGUGGGCAUGAAGCAGUGAAGGAGGCCCUGGUAGAACGAGCAGAUGAGUUCAGUGGCCGUGGAGAAUUGGCUUCAAUAGAAAGAAACUUCCAAGGUCAUGGUGUGGCUCUGGCCAACGGAGAACGAUGGAGGAUUCUCCGACGCUUCUCCCUGACCAUCCUUCGGGACUUUGGAAUGGGAAAGCGGAGCAUUGAGGAGCGAAUCCAGGAGGAGGCCGGCUAUCUACUGGAGGAAUUCCGGAAAACCAAGGGUGCCCCCAUCGAACCCACCUUCUUCCUGAGCCGCACUGUCUCCAAUGUCAUCAGUUCCGUUGUCUUCGGAAGCCGCUUUCACUAUGAGGACAAGCAGUUCCUGAAUCUGCUGCGGAUGAUCAACGAGAGUUUCAUUGAGAUGAGCACCCCCUGGGCACAGCUAUAUGACAUGUACUCUGGAAUCAUGCAAUACUUGCCGGGAAGGCACAAUCGCAUCUACUACUUAAUAGAGGAGCUCAAGGAGUUCAUUGUCCUUGACCCCCAAAGCCCUCGGGACUUCAUUGACUGUUUCCUCAUCAAGAUGCACCAGGAUAAAAAUAAUCCCCACACAGAAUUUAACCUCAAGAACUUGGUCCUCACCACUCUCAACCUCUUCUUUGCUGGCACAGAGACUGUGAGUUCUACACUACGCUAUGGAUUCUUGCUGUUAAUGAAACAUCCCGAGGUGGAAGCCAAGAUCCAUGAAGAGAUUAACCAGGUGAUUGGACCACACCGGAUUCCAAGUGUGGAUGACCGGGUCAAGAUGCCCUACACCGAUGCUGUGAUCCACGAGAUAAUGAGACUGACAGACAUAGUGCCCCUGGGUGUUCCCCAUAACGUCAUCCGGGACACUCACUUCCGAGGCUACCUUCUGCCCAAGGGCACAGAUGUGUUUCCCCUGCUUGGCUCAGUCCUCAAAGACCCCAAAUACUUCCGCUACCCAGAUGCCUUCUAUCCCCAACACUUCCUGGAUGAGCAGGGCUGCUUCAAGAAGAAUGAAGCGUUUGUGCCUUUUUCCUCUGGAAAGCGCAUCUGCCUGGGCGAGGCCAUGGCCCGCAUGGAACUCUUCCUCUACUUCACCUCCAUUCUUCAGAACUUCUCCCUACGCCCAUUGGUGCCACCUGCCAACAUUGAUGUCACUCCCAAGAUCUCAGGCUUUGGCAACAUUCCCCCGAUCUAUGAGCUCUGCCUUGUGGCCCGCUGA